GGCAAAGGAACUCGCAAGGGGGGAGUAAACACACCUGCAGCGAAGCAGCUCGCGGCACACACGAAACAGAGAUCGAAAGGCCCAACAAGCAUAGCAGCGUAGCCGACGGAUGCAGACCAAGCAGGCAAGCAAAGGUAGCUAGGCGGGCACGCCUUCCCUUCCUCGCCUCUGCUCCCCGCCAAAGUGCUAAACGAAACUAUCCCAGCACCCACCUUCCUACAACCCCCCAAAAAAUCCUAUAAAUGGACGCACCACGUCCACAAAAACAACAGACUGGCACAACCUCCUGGCCACACACAGCCAUCCAAAUCUCUUCUUCCCCUCCUUACCAGCACCAGGCAAGUGCAUACGGCAAGGAAGCAACAAGCACCAGCAAUUUGGGCACCAAGAAAAGGGAGAUUCUUGGAUUGGUUUUUCGGCGAAGAUGGUUUCGCCCAUGGUGAUCGCGUCGGCGGGGCUCGGGAUGCUGGCGGGCGUGGCGAUGGCAAACCGGACAACGGGCGACGGGCUGCAUGCGUCGUCCACCCCGUUGCUCCACGUGCAGCGGCACCUGGGUUCAAAUCCUCGCAGAGGCGAAUUUAGGUUUCAUUUUAUUCUUAAGGACCAGGUUUUUCUGGUACUCACGCAUUUAUUGAGAACUAGGCUUGGCAGCGGCAACGGCCGGGAGGAGUGCCUCUGCAGCCGUUGGUCUGACGGCGACGUCGGCUGCGGGACGUGCUCCGGCUCCGGCCGCAAGCGGUGCCGCAGCUGCGGAGGCUCUGGCACCGGCCGACCGCUCCCGGCGCGACUCAUCGUCCAGGACCAGGAGCAGAAGCUGCCGACCGCGCCCGGGCGACGCGGAGACUACAACUAA